AUGGUUCAAGAAGUCUCUCACUGGGACCAGGUCCCGGCAGAUCCUUACCCAUAUCCGCAUGACGCUUCCCUGUCUCCCGAAACAACCGCCCUGGUCAUCAUCGAUAUGCAACGAGACUUUUGCGAAAAGGGCGGCUAUUUCGACUGUCAGGGGUACGAUGUGGCAGAUGCCCGUGCCAUCAUCCCGGCCAUUCAAUGCCUUCUUUCUGCCGCGCGAAAAGGCUCGUUCCCAGUCUUUUUCACUCGGGAAGGUCACAGGCCAGACCUCUCCACUUUAUCGAGUCGGGAGCGCUUCCGAUCUCGUAACAAUCCUCGACAUCUGGGGAUUGGAGACAGAGGUCCGCUGGGAAGGUUCCUGGUUCGUGGUGAAACUGGUCACGAUGUGGUCUCCGAGUUGAGACCACUGCCCCAGGAGAUCAUUGUCGAUAAACCUGGCAGGGGGGCAUUUGCUCACACGGAUUUUGAGCAUAUCCUGCGGCUGCGUGGCAUCAGGAAUUUAAUCCUAACAGGAGUAACAACAGACGUCUGCGUUUCCACAACCAUGCGGGAGGCGAAUGACCGCGGCUUUGACUGCCUUGUGCUCGAAGAUGCCACAGCCGCAGCCACGCCCAAGUUGCAUCAAUUUGCAUUGGAGUCGGUCAAAAUGGAAGGUGGUAUCUUCGGCGCUGUGUCACAGUCAGGCAAGAUAAUCGAAGCGAUGCAAACGUGGGCCUGA